AUAAACUUAAGACAAGACGGGGAGGAUUAGGAACAAACAAACAUAAACUGAAUCUUGUAAUAACGAAAUUUAAGAGUGUUUUUACCAGAUGGGGACGUAUCUGACUUUGUGCCUAUGUACUAAAUACGUUAUUGUCCAUUUUCCUUUUUUCUUUCUUUCUCACUUUCGCUUUUUUGAAAUUCUAAAUCUCCUGCUUUGAAAAAUUUUCCUUUUUUUUUUUUUUUUGAAGAAACAUUUUUCUCUUGUUAAACCAAAAAAAGGGUUUUUGUUAUUUUUGUAUCAAAAUUAAGUUUUGGGCUUUGAGUUCAUUCACUGUAGCGAAAAAGAGAGAGAGAUGGAGAGUGGGAAAAGAGCAGAAGCAGGGCCGUCAGCAGGUGUUAGUGAGGAUAAGCAACAGAGAGAAGAAAGGGAAAUGAGUGAGAAACCAUUGGCUGAUGAAGUUUGUGAUGAUCAUGAAGAUGAUGAUGAUGAUGAUGAUGAUGAUAAGAAAGAUGGUGCUGGAGCUUUGGCUGGUUUUGUACCUGGUCCGCUCCUUUCUCUCAAGGAGCAGAUGGAGAAAGACAAGGAUGAUGACAGCUUAAGGAGAUGGAAGGAGAAGCUUCUUGGUUGUGUUGAAGAAGACCUAAAUGGCCAAAUGGAACCUGAAGUCAAGUUUCACUCAAUAGGAAUUAUUUCGAAUGACCUUGAGGAAGUUUCUUAUCCAUUGCCAUUGGAUUUGAAUCGUGAAGGCCUUGUCCUGUUUACUCUCAAGGAAGGAUCUCGAUAUCAGCUUAAGUUAACAUUCAGUGUCCUGCACAACAUUGUUUCUGGCUUAACGUACUCCAACACUGUGUGGAAGGCAGGUCUUAAAGUUGAUCAAAACAAAGGGAUGCUGGGUACUUUUGCUCCUCAGCGAGAACCGUAUGUGCAUGUUUUGGAUGAAGAGACUACACCAUCUGGGGUGCUGGCAAGGGGAAUUUACUCUGCAAACCUUAAGUUCGAGGAUGAUGACCGAAGAUGUCACAUGGAACUCAAAUACGCCUUCGAGAUAAAGAAGAACAGUUAGCCAAGUUUUCGUAGUGUUCUGUUUCUUGUUCACUCUCCUUAUUGCUUGUCUUCUGUUUUACGAACUUGGUACAUUCUUGUGGGACUGGAGAUUAUGAAUUGGACUAUAUUUGCAUGCCUCCUUAGCAGUUCUGCUUAAAUAUUGAGAAGUAAGCCCGGCAAUUUCCCUUGUA